AACCCAUCUGGCGUAUCCGUCAUGCACGUCUUUCCAGGUCGUCAUAUUGUGCUUCCGCUUGCUGUGGAGAGCCAUGAAAGGUCAACUGUAAUAGCUCCUGACUUAGACCUCAGCUUCGAUUGUGCUCCAUUCUGUUGGUGAUGGCACUGACUUGUAAUGGAACCAAGGAGCUUUGACGUCAAGAACUUCGCAACCCGGAUGGACGUGUGGAAUUUCCAAGGGGGUCCACUUGGCUUUUGUGAUUGGGUUGUAGAUGGUUGGAACCGACUAGCAAGUUUCAAGCUUUCAGGUUUAUGAGACUUGAGUACUACGCUAUAAUACUGAGUCAGCACGACCUGAUCCGUUCCCAAUUUACGAGUCGGCGUUAUCAGUACGUUGCAGAGUUUUGUACUCGUAGCUGAUAUCUUUGUCGAGUAGGAUUGGCUGUAAUCGACUCGAACACCCUUUCCCAUAGGGCCGGAAGAGAGCGACAUACUUCCAAUCACAGAGGGAUCAGUGACGGACUGACUUCUAUGAUACGUGCAUCGUACGCACAGUCUUCAGUCUGAAUUCCUCAACCUGCCUAUUAAGUCAUUCUUCUGAUUGGAUUUACCGUAAUCUGUCAUGCCUGUGAGGCACACUUUCGCCGCAUUUCAAUUAACGCAACGCAACUCGCCGAGUCGAGCACCUGCUCUCACACGACUAUACUUGGCCAAUCCCAUCCUGGGAGAGGCCGUUGACUCCCUAUAUUUUACGAAGCUCCGAAUUUCCAGUCCUCAGAAUUUCCUUGAUUCCAACCGCACUGGUUCCUACAGGACUCCCAGUCAACAGCAGCUCUAACGGAUCGUCAUCAAGUCUCCUAUAUCUGCUAUUGUGGUCGCGGUCUCCCGUUGUGACCUGUGGGGGUUGCUUUGGAAUGCUGGAAUUUGCUUCUUAUUAGCUAUAAAACGAACCAUUCUUACUACUCACACACUCCUUAGUGUUCACCCUCCUUUCUCCAAUCCAUGACACGUUUUCUCUGCACGCCGAUAGGGAAAAAUGUAAAAGCAGCGUACAAGCGAAUCAUUAACACCCGGUUCGCUCUGACGUUCUUCACCCUUUGCCUCAUCCAUUGUCUAGCACAAGGUCUCCUCUUAGCCUUCACAUUCCGGAUCGAUCGAGCAGCGACCGACUUGGUCACUGGAAUAUUACAAACUGCCGAAGUCCCUCGCACGAUUCUUCCAUGGCAUCACCGCAAAAAUGGACAAGACACUCUAAAGCUUUGCAGCCAAAUACCGGGAACUGUCUCCUACGAUCCUUGUAUCACUGUUUUUGGAGACGCCAUAUCCAGCUCGGCCAAUUGGACAGUACCAGGACCUUUUCGUCGCAUGGAACACUCUCGGUCGCCCCCGUCGGUUCAUGGUGUGGUCGCUCUUACAAUAGAAGUGUCAAGAAAUGAAGGCGGAAAUAUCAAUGGUGUAUUCGUGGGCGAUGGAACUAGCUCCGGGAUGACUUUUCUUGAUGAACAAUGCACUCGCGUCUUACUGUAUCCGAUGCAAAUACUAAAUAAUGCUAAAAGGGAAGAUGUGGUGCUCUUGGCAUCUCAGUUCUGGCUGCUAGGGAUCUCUAUCUUCAGUAUCCUUUGUGGCUCGAUCCCUCACCUGCUGGCGGUGUUUUGCAUGCGUAUCCUUUCGACCAGCUGGUCUGCAUACACAUUGUGGAGAACUAAAGAUAUCCAGCGGAGGUUUCUCAACCUUCUUGUGAACCCGGAUUCUCCAUGUCAUUACGACUUCUUCCCAACGUAUUUCAGGACACGCCUGUCAUUUCAGAUCCCCGAACUCGUUCUGGCUUGUUCUGCUUCAAUGUUUACCACGUACUUCGGUUGGCGCCUCAUGAAGAUUUAUAAAGCACAUACCUUCAAGCGCGUUGGACCACCGGACUUCAUUGUGCAGAUGUAUCGAUCCUACUUGGCUAUUUUUGUCUGUCUUCAUCUAUCAGUUUUUCUUGUCAUUGCUGCAAUGGCUCUCUGGGCGGACCAACUUAUUAACGGAGCAAUUGCGGCUAUUUCGACACACACGGCAAUCUAUUAUACUUUGUUACUUGCCACGAUCAUUACGUUGAUUCCAUGGAUCUUAUUGACUUCUCGCGCCGUGCGCCGGGAGCACAGAGGCUUGAUGGUCCUGGUCCUGACUACCUGCUUCAUUUAUAUCGCUUGCUGGUCUAUCAUGUUUUAUUCUCAAGUGUACCGGUGGACCUGGAUACAAUGGCCUUUCUUUGCAUCGAUGACAUUGACUUCACUUCUUGUCCUGAUCGGUUGCGGUAUAUUAGGAAUCAUCUGCUGGCUCAACUUCGACAAAGGACUCGCUCAAUACCUGCACGCAGAAAAUGCUCUCGCCGAAACCGACUUCGAACCCGAAAUGUUUGCCAAUGAAUUGGGUAGCGAGAGUGGACAUGGACAUGGUCUACGUGAUUCCAGGUCGGCGUCACCGAGGACACAGUUCUCUCUCAGUGUUGACACAAAUUGGGAUUUCAUGGAUAUCAAACGUCCACCCAUUUAUUUGGUUGACAUGCAGAAGGAUCACAAGUUCCGUACCAUGCCUCGAUAGUGGGCUACGAACUGCUGCUGUUUUUGUGCGCUUGUACUGUUAUGUAUAUCUAUUGACUCAUUGUCGAUCCAUGUUAUCUUGCACGUUCUUUCCAG